UUAUUUGAAGAAGGUAUAUAUGGGGGGGGUACAUGUAGGCACGCGUAUAAGACAUACAUUAUACCACUUAUACGCGCGGCAUUUUUGGUUGGAUAAAAGGAUCACUAAAAAUGUCGGAUGAAACGAAAAUUGUUUAUUAUCUUGGCGAUGAACAAACUCCUUACGUCAGCAAGAUUAAUUUACCACCGGAUUCAAUAACAUUGGGGGAUUUCAAAGCAGCAAUUAAAAAAAUAAAUUAUAAAUUCUUUUUUAAGUCAACAGACGCAGACUUUGGGGUUGUAAAAGAAGAAGUGACAAAUGAUAAAAGUAUUCUACCUCUUUGCGAUAAUAGAAUAGUAGCUUGGUUGAAAGCUCCAGAUAUGGAUUCAGUAUCUCAAUGUUCAUUGAAUUCAAAUACUUUGCCAAUGCAAGAUAAGAAUGAAGAUAUGCAACUAAGACCCAACUCAACCAAUGAAGGAGAAUUAUCAAUUGAAAAUAAAAGAGUUUCCCCACAUUACCCGUUGUACAAUCGAUAUGGAAGUCAAUCCACACUCAUGAGCAGUGAUAUUGAAACCACAUCAUGGGAUUCACGGGAUGAUAUGAGCGAAUACAGUACAUGCACGGACAUGACUGCUUCUUCAAGGAGAAAACCUCGUCCGAAACGACAACGUUAUAAGAAGAAACGUCCAAGACCUGGAUCGGAUACUACAUCAACUUACUCAAGUAGUAUUACUGAUUCAUCAAUGUCACUGAACAUCCUUACUGUUACUUUAAAUAUGGAGAAAUAUAAUUUCCUUGGAAUAAGCAUAGUUGGACAAACCAAUGAUAAAGGAGAUGGUGGAAUAUACAUUGGAUCAAUCAUGAAAGGUGGGGCAGUGGCAGCCGACAAUCGUAUUGAACCGGGUGAUAUGCUGUUACAAGUAAAUGAAGUCAACUUUGAGAAUAUGUCCAAUGAAGAUGCAGUUCGCGUGUUGAGGAAUAUUGUUCAUAAACCAGGGCCGAUUACACUCACGGUUGCCAAAUGUUGGGAUCCAAACCCAGACAAUUACUUCACGAUUCCCAAAGAUGAACCCGUACGACCGAUCGACCCAGCUGCAUGGGCCAACCAUAUUAUGACUGUUAAAGGUGACAUGCAUGGUCCAUCACCACCAUAUAGUUUAAACCCAGAAUCCAGCUCUGCAAGUUCGCUGCCUGAAUCAGAACGUUAUGACAUGCCAUUAUCAACAUGCACUGAUAUGGGAGCUGUGGUUAAAAGCUUGAAGAUGCCUGAUAGUGGACUUGAUGUUAAAACACGAAUGUGGUUGAAAAUUACCAUUCCCAACGCUUUUAUUGGUUCAGAUUUAGUUGAUUGGCUGCAACAGAAGGUUCAUGGUUUAACAGAACGUAGAGACGCAAGGAAAUAUGCGUCAAGUUUAUUAAAAGCUGGAUACAUUCGACACACUGUUAACAAAAUAACAUUUUCGGAGCAAUGUUAUUAUGUGUUUGGUGAUUAUACCGGAACACUUGAUAAAGACAUGAGCAAUUUGUCGCUUGUUGAAUCAAACAGCGACCGAGAUUCUGACACGUUGGGUCCAUUACACGGCCACCAUAACACCCAGCCAUGGAUGCAUCAACCUUCCACAAGCAACCAUGGAUAUGCUUCAUACUCACAAUACCCGUACACACAGAGUGGUCAGCUUAGUGUGGGCCCACCAAUACCACUUAACAAUGGAAUAUCAAGCAUGGUUGAUUAUUCUUCACCUCCUCCUACUUAUCCAGGGUUGGCAAGCCAUCAUUCUGAUGGAGACAAUUUAAGCGUACACAGUGCACAUAGUUUGCACAGAGCUGCCAGUGAGGCCUCAACAUACAGACAACACUUGGCCACAUUUGGUGCGAAUGGAAACAACAGCGCUGGUUCAGAGAGUGAGAGUCGAUACAGUAGUCGUAGCGGGAAGUCGGGGUCAGGUGGUUCCGCCAAACCAAGGUCAAGAUCGGGAAGCGAAAAAAGUUCCGACGUUUUGCACCAACAGGCACGCAGUUGAUCUUUGUGAAGCAGAUGGCUUAUGGGGGAAGUACCUCCUAUCAUAAUUCCCUUCAACGAUCAAAUCACCCAAACCAACGAACGAACCAACAUAGUCGGCCACUAAGUGCCAUCCCACCAAACCUAAGUAACAGCCAACAGUCAUUUCAACAAGCGAUGGGAAACCCGUGUGAUUAUUUUGUUGACGUCAUGUAGGUGUCAUGCCACACACAAGUUGGCCAUUUCCAUCAAAACACAACAAGUUAAACAAGAAGAUACAAUGUUGUUCUACAUAACUACCUACCAAUUAUUGGAGGGUUUUUAGAAAUGUCGUCUUUCUAUUAAUGAUAAGCGUGUUAAGUUUAAACUAACUUUUAUUUUUAUCAUUUGUUUUUAUCACUUUAUACAUUUUAUCUGGUUUGUUAGGCACACAAGAUUUGGUUUUGUAACAUUUCAUCGUAGAUACAUAGUCAGUUCAUGAAAUUCACCAUUACAUUAAAUGACACAAAAAUUGCCACAGUAGUAAAUAACGAAAGAAUAUACGAUUUGUUAAAAAAAAUUGAAUAUAAAAUUGCAUCUUCAAUAACAGACAUGCAGUAAAUUGUCGUGGUAGCUUGAGGUUUCAUGGCAAGUAUGUUGCCAUGGUGAUACGAGGUGAAUUUCAUGAACUGUGGUCUUGGAUGUUAAUUAUCUGCCACUCCCCAAUCAAAUAUAACUUUGAAAUUUAAGUGUCCAUGGUGCUUGCUGCAAUAUUUUUAAAUAAAACAAGUUAUUUGUACAGUAUUAUUAACCCUGGACCAACCUAAGACUAAUUCCUUUCACACUUAACGUCUUUCUUUUUCACAAUAAAUAUUAAAUAUUAUA